AUGACGAAGAGCAACGGCAGUGUGAACAGCAGCUUGUGGAGCUGCACUUCCGCCCCUCCCAAGGCAGUGGGGGCCACUACAUGUAGUACGAGCGCAAUGACAAUGACAACGCUGGAUGAAUGCGCCGCCUUUUUGUCAGAAACGUUUCCUUUGGCGCAGUGGGAAUGGAAAAAAGAGUCUGAGUUUUACUUUGGUCGUGUGGUGGACGUCCUGUUUCGAUUUCCGUGUUUGUUGCGAGAGCAGUUUGCGUACCGAGUGACGACGAGGAGUAUGGAUGUCUAUCUCUUGCCGCUUCAGCUAUUGCUCCUGUCGCGUACCCAGAUUUCCCUACCAAUUGUACGCGAGAUUCACGCACUCUUUCCCGGUUCCAUGGCCAAGAUGGGUCGAUACUACGCAGAGGAACUAGACUACUCGUACUACCCGCUCUAUCUAGCUUGCGCCACUCGAAAUGACACCAUCAUUCAGUUUAUAGCCUCCCAUCUCACGGAGCAGGACUACGAUCCCCGCUGCUUGCCAAUGUUCCGCAGGCUCUUUCAAGAAUCAAACACUCAAGACAAGCUAUCAUUGAAGGCUACGCAGAUUCUACUUACCAAGUACCCGGAUCUCGUCACUGUCGAAUUCUCGGGGGGCAAGAUUCUAGAUUUGGCUUUUCACACGGAUUAUCCACUCAAUGUGCUGCAGUGCAUUCUAGAUAAGACACCCCACCAGCACAGGGCCAUUCACAUACGUGCUCCCAGUGCUCUAUCCACGGAUCAGGUACACAACCUCAAACACCAUUUACUACCCUGUCUACACACACUCAAAUGGGAAACCAAUUCCAGCAACACUCUCCUACUAUUGCAAGACUCUUUGCAGGAAAACACAUCCAUACAACACCUAGAACUGGUAUUCAGGUCCAACGGUAACUCCAGCAGACCGGAUCCAUCCUUUCUCACGGUCCUACCCUUCUUGCUACAAGCCGACCGUCUCCAAUCCUUGCGUCUCGAAACCAAUAUGGCUCCAUCCGCGUCCGUGAAAGUGGCAGAGUCUCUCUUUGCCUCUCGUGGUGGCGCUGCCAAUCACACCCUACAACGACUACAUUUUCUACCACCCAUUUCCGAACUAUCCACACUCAAAUCCUUGCUAGAAACACUCGAACAUGGAAACACUCUUCUUGGAUUACAAGAAGUCUCCGUCGACCAGUCGCUCCGAAAAUAUGCCGCGCACAAAAAACUGGAAUACUACCUAUUGCUCAACCAAUAUGGCAGAGCCACGGUGCGACGAGACGAUGCCGACGCAAACACGCUGAUGCAACUAUUGGAUACCGUCCAAAACGACACUACAUGUAGUACGACGCUCAAAAAGAAUCGAUACAAACUACUCUACGGACUGCUGCGGGAAUCACCAACUCUUUGGUGUGCACAGCUGUAA